AGACAAACAGAUUUCAAAAAAUCGAUUUGUCAUCGUAAUUUGUUGUUAUACUUUAUCUUUCAAGCACCUCUUUAUUUCUUAUCACUUAAGUGCGGAUAAAAAAAAACAUAAUUUUUCUAUUACUAAACGCGUAAUAAAAAUUAAUCAAAUAUCUUAAAUUUGAAUAAAUUAAAUAUUCAACAAAAAUAAUGGCCAUGUCGUCAUAUCAAUAUCAACAAGGAAUCGAAGAUUUUCGGGCGCCUCUGCCUCCGCCAUUGCCACCAAUGUCGCCAUGCCCCAUUCCAGACAUAUCCGAUGACCAAUUGGUCUCGAUUUCAGUUCGAGAUCUAAAUCGAAUGUUAAAAAUGCGUGGCUUAACACGAGAAGAGAUUGUUCGCAUGAAACAACGACGUAGAACGUUGAAAAAUCGGGGCUACGCUGCAAGUUGUCGAAUUAAACGAAUCGAACAAAAGGAUACUCUGGAAUCGGAGAAAACCAACGAAUGGCAAGAAUUGGAACGCUUGCAUCAGGACAAUGAGGCCAAUAAUCGAGAUAUUGUCAAUUGGAGAAACAAGUAUUAUGCCCUUCUUCAAUUCGCUGCCCAACAAAAUAUUCCUGUUCCUAUAGAGCUUCAGACUUGCUAAGUUUUUUUUUAUAUUUUUAUUUGUUUUUAUUAGAAAUUUAUGUAUAGGAUUUGUAAAAGGAAACCACACACAAAAAAUGUGGUUGGUUAUAUAUUAUAUUUGUUUAUUUAAGUUUUUUUUGUUUCUUCGUCUGUAAGUUUUAUUUUUUAGUCAAACUGAGAGUUUAAGUAUAUAUUUGGAUUUGAUAAUAAUAAUAAAAACAAGGGAUUCCAAUUUUAAGUUAGAGUUGGAGUCUCUUGUAAAAAGCUGUGCUUUUUUUUAUGAAAAAAUAAUAAGUUGGUUGGAAACCAGCUCCUUUUUGAAUCCAAAGAUUAUAAAUAUCUGCUCAACUCCCAGAUUCCAGGAACUGCGUAUAUAAAAUAGUACAAUUUUUGUGAAAUUAAGCAUUAAAAAUAAUAAUAAUAUAUUAUACAAAAAAAAACAUGAAUACUUAAUAUGUCUAGAAAUAAAAAUAAAUGCUGAAAAACUUAA